AUGCUCUCGCUCUCUGUCGCUUUCCUUGCGCUCAGCGCUCAUGCCUCUCCCAUCUUUUCCCGCGAUGAUGGUACGCUCGUCACAACCGCCCAGGGUGCCGUACAAGGCACGUUAGUGACGCCCACCGUCCGUCAAUGGCUCGGCAUCCCAUACGCCGCCCCGCCAACCGGUACAAGUCGGUUCGCUGCUCCCCAACCUGCGCCUUCCUGGAGCAGCACCCUCUCCGCGAGCGCGUUCGGCAACAGCUGUCCAUCAGUGCUGGACACCGAGUUCCUCACCAUCAUCGGCUUGCUCCAACAGCAGGAGUCGAUCGCGUACGACGAAGACUGCCUGAAUUUGAACAUCUGGGCGCCUGCGACGAGUCGGCCACAGGGAGGAGCGGUGAUGCUCUGGGUAUACGGGGGCGGGGACAUGUUCGGUUCGAGCAACACUCCCUAUUACAGCGGGACGACAUUCGUCGAGGACCACGACGACCUAGUGAUCGUCACCUUCAACUACCGAAUGGACAUCUUCGGGUUCCCGAACGCACCCCAACAGCUGACAAACGUGGGCCUGCUGGAUCUGGACGCCGCGAUCCAGUGGGUGUAUGCUAACAUAGCCGCGUUUGGUGGGGAUCCGGAAAGGAUCACUAUUUUUGGAGAGAGUGCGGGGGCGUUGGCGGUGGAUGCGUAUGCAUUCAGCCAUCCGACAGACACGGUCGUGAAAGGUAUCAUUGCCGAAUCGGGAACCGCCCAGCUGACUUCCAUACUCCAAAUCGGCUCCACUUCACCGAGCGAAACGAACUCGUCUUGGAAUACGGUUGCGAACGCUCUGGGCUGUGGGACAGCGGGCGAUGCGGCACAGUUGGCUUGUAUGCAAGCUGUACCUUGGCAGACGUUGUUAAGCGAAGUCGUCUCAGGUGGGGAAAGCUUCACCCCCUAUCCCGACGGACAAACGAUCUUCUCUGACGUGUCUACCCGUUCCUCCAACGGGGAAUUUCUGAAAGUUCCUUUCCUUGUGGGAAACAACGCGAACGAAGGCGAUAUCUUCGCGGUCGCUUUCGAAGAGGGCGAUUUUGGCAACACGAUCCCUGUAGCGACCACGGUGUUGAGCGACGCGGUGACAGAAGUGGUCUUCCUCUGCCCCGCGUCCAAGGCAGCAAAUGACCGCACCAACGCUGGUGUAGCCACGUGGCGCUACCGAUUCGAGGGUGUAUACCUCGACGCAACCAAUAACAAUGCGGAUCUCCGCGCUUUCCACACAGUUGAGGUACCUAUGGUGUUCGGAACCUAUAACCUGUCCACGUUCUCCUAUGCGCCGGUUUCGAACGAGAUCGCCCUGUCGGCAUGGAUGCAAUCCGCGUGGGUGACCUUCGCCCAGAACCCGGUAAGCGGCCUAUCCUCCUACGGCUGGACACAGUAUUCCACCAAUAUACUCUCAUCCACCAUCGCACGACUCGGGAAUAGCGACAACCCGAGUGGGGCGACGUAUUCUCCUCCAAUCGACUUUGACGUAGGAUGCGGAGCUGUUAACGCCUUGACGCCGUAUGUGAUUGACCUGAUCGACGACCUGGGAAGUAUCUUCUGA